AUGGAGAUCACUGAGAGCAUCCGCCGGUGGCCCCGGCCUUCGGAGAGCACCACCCGGCAGGGCCAGAACUGGUCCCGGCGCACCCACACCAGGCCCUGCCGCUGCCAGCGCCUUCGGCUGAAGGGCCAUCUGUAUGAAAUAUUCAGCUGCCUGGCAGAGCUGGGUGCCAUAGCUCAAGUUCAUGCUGAAAAUGGGGAUAUAAUUGCACAGGAACAAACCAGGAUGUUGGAGAUGGGAAUAACUGGUCCCGAGGGCCAUGUGCUGAGCAGACCUGAGGAGCUGGAAGCAGAAGCUGUCUUCCGGGCCGUCACUAUUGCCAGCCAGACCAACUGUCCUCUCUAUGUGACUAAAGUGAUGAGCAAAAGCGCUGCUGACCUCAUCUCGCAAGCCAGAAAAAAAGGCAAUGUGGUGUUUGGUGAGCCAAUCACGGCCAGUCUUGGGACCGACGGGACACACUACUGGAGCAAGAACUGGGCCAAGGCUGCGGCAUUUGUGGUCUCUCCACCUCUGAGCCCAGACCCAACAACCCCUGACUACAUCAACUCCCUCCUGGCCAGUGGUGACCUGCAGGUUUCGGGAAGCGCCCACUGUACAUUCAGCACCGCACAGAAAGCAAUUGGAAAAGACAACUUCACGGCGAUCCCAGAAGGGACCAACGGCAUAGAGGAACGAAUGUCUGUCAUCUGGGACAAGGCAGUGGCCACAGGAAAGAUGGAUGAAAACCAGUUUGUGGCUGUGACGAGCACUAAUGCUGCAAAAAUCUUCAACCUGUACCCACGGAAAGGGAGAAUAGCAGUGGGCUCCGACAGCGAUCUGGUUAUAUGGGAUCCUGAUGCAGUGAAGAUCGUCACGGCAAAAACCCAUCAAUCUGCGGCUGAAUACAACAUCUUUGAAGGGAUGGAGCUACGCGGGGCCCCGCUGGUUGUCAUAUGCCAGGGGAAGAUCAUGCUGGAGGAUGGCAACCUGCAUGUGACCCAGGGGACUGGACGCUUCCUGCCCAGCAGUCCUUUCCCUGACUAUGUCUACAAGCGCAUCAAAGCCAGGAGGAAGAUGGCAGAGAUGCAUGCUGUGCCCCGGGGCAUGUAUGAUGGACCUGUGUUUGACCUGACCACCACCCCCAAGGGGGGCACCCCUGCAGGGUCAACCAGGGGGUCCCCCACACGGCAGACACCCCCCGUCAGGAACCUCCAUCAGUCUGGAUUCAGCCUGUCAGGUACCCAGAUUGAUGAAGGCGUUCGCUCAGCGAGCAAGCGCAUCGUCGCGCCCCCGGGAGGCCGUUCCAACAUAACCUCUCUGAGUUAAAUGUCCCUGCCGAGAAGGAAACAAAAUGCCUGUUCAAGCGAAGGAAGAAAAAUGGUACAUUGGUGUUUAAGAAGGAAAAGCAAAUAAACCUGUUCUGAAGAAUCAAUAAGCCUCAAGCCUUAUGUUUCACAAAUGCUACUUGCUACCUAGCUUUAAAGAUACUGCUUCAUUUUGUUUUAUGCAUAGCCUUAAAAUUCUGUUGUUGUUGCUGUGGGUUCAGUCGGGUUGUGUUUUUACUCUUCCUUUCUGUAUGCAUGCCGCUCAGACAGGUCGCUCGGUUCAGUGUGUUAUUCGUGUUGAACGUGUGUGGGAUGCUGUGGUGUGGGACAGCGGGAACAACCCGGCAUGGGCGAACCGGCCAGACAGGCGAAGUGGCGGGGGCCGGCUGGAGGUGCGGUGUGGGAUGGGGAGGGCACGUUCACGGGAGCUGGUAGGGGCAGGUGGGUCUGCGUCGUGUUCAUGUCCUUCAUCUCCACCCAACGCUCAUCGGCGUUUCACCACGAGGCCCAUGGAGGAGCCCAAAUCAUCUCUGUAACAGCUGUCACAGAACCUCGUGUAAUGAGUUUUACUACUUUGUACACUUUAUUAAAAAAAAAAGUUGUUCCUGCAAACAA